CUGCAUUCGAUUUUGCAUAAAGCGAACGGGUGGUACCACAUACAUCAUACCUCCUUCUGGGCUUUCUUUGGAGAGAUAACAUUUUAGACGUUAUAGGUAAUACAUGCAGCGAAAACUGCCACUCUCGACUUGGGCGAGAGCGUCCCAUUCUAUGUAUCUACAUCACUCUUUGUGCACAUUGACUGCAAGGACCUUAUAUGUGGAACGCCCAUCUGUUUACCUGCGCUGUACCAUUGGUUUAUCCAUACACAAUGUCAAUAUAUCAGGUGCUCAGGCGCUACUGCCGUACAAGGAAGCGUAAACUCCAAGGUUGAACCUCUCCGACUGAGACCUUGCGC